GAUUGAUAGUUCCAACCCAGCGAGCCGCCCACCGAGCCUCCUCCAUCGUUGACGAACCUCGCCCUACACAUUAGCGAACUGACAAGAGGGGGCGGGGGGAAACAUACGAACUAUUGAGGCAGACGGGGAAAGCUUGCUGGGGGUUCUAAAGGGACCCGUGGGGAGGCGUGAGGGAAGCCAAGCCGUUGCGGAACUAUUCUUGCUGCGUCAAGAUGGUACUCAAUUUUCCCGAGAGCGGUGUCGUGAUCGAGAGCUCGGCCAUCAAAGACAUGGCCGAGUUCCCGACGCAGGCAUUCGCUAUCACCUUGAGUGACAGUGUCAUUGAGGACAUGAUUCUCUGCGUCCAGAACGGCGGGGACAUCCAAUUGGCUCUGGGGAGCAAUCCGAAAUUCCUCUUCGACGAUCACGAGAUUCGCAUCCCAAAGACGUCCGACCCCUCCGGCUACGACCUUUUCUUGGCCAAUUCCGACGAUCCCUCGACUGCGAGAAAGUUGCCCGAGCCGACCAUGUCGAUCCUUCGGCAGCCGAAGCGCAAACCGAAGACGACCGCCCCGAAGACGGCCAAGCCAGCCGGGAAGGGAGAACCGGUAGCCAAGAAAGCGCCAGCCCGAGGCUCUGCCAAGUCUUCCGGUGCCGCAGCGCGGCCGGGUUCUUCAGCAGCCGAGGAUGGGGAAUCUCAGAAACAGGAAGAUGCCACGGCGAAGCUUAAGCGGACAUUUGACAGUUUGGCAGCGGACAAGCGGGAGAAUUCUGCUGUCAUCGUCGGCGGGUUACCCAGUUCGAAGGGGGCAAAGUUUGGCCGACUGCUCGACACACACGGUGCUCCUUCGCCUCGUUCAUUACCCCCAAGUCCGGCACUCAGCGGGGUCGGUUCUCCCUCGCUUCUUCCCUCCGGAAGCACGCCACAGGAGAGAGCGAAGCAGCAGCGGUUUCCCCUCAUGCACGAGCUGGCGGUCCAGGACCUGUCGCGCGAGGAACUCUUGGAGAAGUGGGACGGGACCGAGGAAGAGUUCAACGCUGCUCUCGAAAAAGUGGCGACCUUCGACAAGGACCUCCAAAAGUGGGUUCUGAAGAAGAACUGCUGGAAGGACCUCGAUAUCUUCGAGUACGACUACUCCGACGACGACCGCCGCCAGAAGGCCAUUACCAAUGCCAUCAAGUGGUUUGAUCGCAACCGGGUGAGCGCGUCGGACCCCCUCUGGCAGAAGCUGCUCCCCAAGGCGGAUCGCGGGAAGGGCAUAUGCCUGAGCAACCUGCAAGUGACGCUCGCCAAGGGCCCCGUGAUGCAGGCGCCCAAGCAGCGGACCGACGCAGCGAGCGCUGGCGGGGCCGACUCGGAGAAGGACGAUUCGGCGACUUCAGCCACAAAGAAGGGUCCGGGCGGCGAGGCAAUGUCGAGGUCCAGUUCCCAGGCGUCGAACGGGAAGAAGAAGCUGUCGGCGUCGGAGGCGCAGGCCAAGCGUCUCCUGUCCACCAACAAGAAGAAGCCGUUGCCAGCCGCGACGACAAAGGCAGCGCCGAAGACUUCGGCAGCCAGAUCGUCCACCAAGGGAACUUCGGCCAAAGGCGGCCGGGUGUUAUCCAAGGAGUUCGUUACGGAUUCGGACUCGAGCGAUGACGAGGUACCGCUGUCGUCGUCCAAGGCGAAGUCCAAAGCCGCAAGCGCACCGGCUCCAAAGCCGAUGGCGCGGCCAGCCGAGAAGCCAAAGGCGCUGGCGGAGAAUGGCAAGGAGAGGCCAAAAGAGGCGCCCGUACCGAAGCCGAAACCCGCUCCGGCUGCGAAGGUGUCACCGCGAGAGCAGAAGAACGAGAAGGAAAAGGAUACCAUCCGCGCCGAGGUGAUCGCCAGGCCCAUUAAGCCCGCCGCAAAGCGCCCGCGGGAGGCCGACGACGACGACAGCUCGAGCUCCGGCACUCCGCUCAGCAAGCGCGUCAAGCCUGCCGCCAAGCCACUACCCACGCAGACUAAAGCGCGCACUGCUUCCGAUGCUAGCCAGCACAGCCGGGUGGCCGCGCCCAAGCCCAAACAUACUUCGCCCGUCAAGUCUUCGCCCCUCGCUUCCUCCCCGCCGACGAACGCAUCGGACGUGGAACAGGACCGCACCACGCCCGCCAAGGCCCGUGAGCGCGAGCGCGAGCGGGAACGGGAACGGGAACGAGAACGGGAACGAGACCGUGAGUGGCGCCGGGAGACGGCCGUGCGCGGUUCCAGCAGCAGCACUACAGAUACCAGCAGCACCAGCGGCAGCAUCGCCAAGAAGCGACCUCCGACGACGACGACGGCGGCGGCGGCGGACUCGUUGCCCCAGGGAAAGGCGAAGCGGCAACGCCCUUCCCAGGAGACUAUCGAGAUGGCAGCCAAGUUCCGGCAAUUUUACGCGCGGUACCUGCAGCUGCACCGGGAUGUCGCGAGCCACGAUAACCCCGAUCCGGGCAAGAUGACGGAUCUGUUGGAUAUGCACGAGCGGCUGAGCCGGAUGAAGACGGAGAUUUAUGCUGCGGUGGAGGUAUGAGGGGGAAGGUGGGGGGUGACUUGAUUGAUGGAAGAGAUGGGCUGGGAAAAGCAAGCACUGGGAGGGUCAAAGCCGGCUGCACUUGCACUCUCGGUUAGUUGAUUGGGUCCUUUUUUUACACUAAAGGGGUUUCUUUGUCGUUGCUCGUCCUCGAAACAAAAAAGCGAUUGCAUGAAUCCUGACUGGUUAUGGCGAGGGAGUUUCAAGAGGUUGGGUUUCACACUGGCAGUUGAGCUCGCCCCGGAGCCAGACCGGAUC